AUGAAAGAAGCUUAUUAUGAAGAUGCUGGACUGGACACGGAAGUGCUACUGCUUCAGCUGGAGAAGGAGUUCCGCGAUCGGCAGGUCAAACGAGAGAGGAGCCUGUGCUACUGGGAGAGAAUGCAUAUGGGAAUGAUGGAUCAUAAAAGGCAUCGCAACAGCAAGCUGCUUGAUUGGAGAUGGUGGCUUACUUUGAAGUACCACGGCAAGUUGAGGAUGUUUGCGUCAGGCUCACUGGAAGAUGAAUUGAGAAGGUCCAUCCUGCUUUGGCAGAAGGAACUGGAUGCAAAGAGCAUACUCGCCCGGCGGGCUGCAAAGCGGGCGGCUGACAAAGCUCGAAAAAACGCUGAAUCGAAUUCCUUGGCUGGCAGAUGGAAGCGGCUGCGCAGUUCCAGCGGAAAAAUCAGCGGCCCAAGACCACCAAGUCUUGGUGGUCGAUGGUUGAUACCGCUUGAGAUGCUGGACGCGGUGAUGGAUCUCUUACAUCCGGCACCUGUGCGCAUGCGUGCGGCGAACCACUUUGAUUUGUGGCUGGACUUGCUCGCUGCGUCACAGACACAGGAGGUGAUGCUCGAAGGCACUCGACAGCCGCUCGGGCGCAUUCUCCUCCUGCGCCGCGCCGACUCGGUGCGUGGGACAGCGUGGGAGGUGGAUCCCGUUCUACAGCACUUUGUUCGUGCGUCUCCCUCCAGCAGCCUGCGGAUCCUGACGGACAGCUGGGUCCUGCACCUGGCCGCCGCGCCCCUCGCGGCGCCAGUGGGGCCCUGGCCGCCCCGGGCGGCGUUGGCGGCCGAGCGGCGGCUGCGCGCGGGCGCGCGCGGGGCGUGGGCCGGUGAGGAGCUCUACUCCCAUGGUGCAGCGGCCUGUCGCAUCGCCCGCUCUCGGCGGCAUCCCGGAGUGCUGGUGCAUGAUAACUGUCAUGGUGAAGAUUGGGAAAGCAGGCGCCAAGGAGAUUGGUUCCACUGCCCUUUGAAUGUUCCACUGGCCAUAAUGGCCACCUCGAAGAGUGGCUCCACUGCUACGGCACGCUGGGCGCUGCAGAUGGACUAUCCCAAGGGCCGGGACUUUGCGUUGAUGGCCUCCACCUGGUCUCCCCAUGCGGGCUCCAGCAAGCGCCGCUUUCUGGACUGGGGGGCACGCUGGCUCUGGCGCGGGGAGGACCCAACCAACGCGAAUGAGGAGAGCCUGGAGCGCUUGAGGCGCCUGGCGCAGCCGCAGCGCUUUGGCGAUGACACUCUGGCAGUGCCCAGGUGGAGUGGAUUGACCUGCUGUCGCUUUGGCCACGGCCGGCUGAAAGUCCUCGUGGUCCGCAACCCCUACGCGCGAUUCAUCUCUGCCUAUCGCGAGAUGUUUCUGGCGCAUCCGGGGCGCGGAAGCGCGGUGGCACAGGGCUUCUUGCAGCGAAACAGCUCGGUGGAGUUCGACUUCCGCAGCUUCUUGGCGUUCCUGGCCACGGCCGACUUCGUCCAUGCCCUUCACGGCCCCCCGGACGAGCAGCUGCGGAUCCUCUUCGCCACAGGCGAAGGCCGUUGGGAGACGACCUGGAUGACCCGCCUGGAGCUUCACAGCGUCAAAGUGCACGCUGGGCCGGUGAGCGAGUUGAACCGAAGUGGUCUUUGGUCAGAAGGGCUUCACCUCGUUCACCUGGAACGUCUCCAGGCAGACCUUGAGCGCUUAGAGCUGCGCCUCUGUCGAGAGCUGGGCUACUGCAGGCCGUUGCCCCCACUGCUGCCAGCCAACCGGGGUGCCAAGCGCCGGGCAACCGCGCGUGGCACCGCGACGGGCGUGCUGUGGCGCCGGGCAUUGCAGGUGCAGCAGGUUCGGCUGCUCCAGCGCUAUCAGAGGGAUUUCGAACUUCUCGGCUAUUCCAUGGACAUCGGCCGACUCUACGAAGUGGGUGGCUAGCUGGUGGGGUCAGCUGGUUGGGUCAGCUUCGCCCCUCCAAAGGACAGACACUAAGAAUAGCCGGCACGCCGGGCUGCCCCGAGCUGCGUCCCUGCUCCCCGCUCAGCGCCUGCUCGGUCCAGAUUUGCAAGGUGGAACGCCUCCAACCUCCGAACCGCGGACAUCGGCACGUCGUCGGACGGGGAGCAGGAGAAAAGAAGGGGCCAGUCCUUGGUGGUCUUUCAGCGGAGCCAAGGGCAGCUGGCAAGAUUUGAUGUUAGACUGGUGUGGCUGACAUCCGGUCGGCAGUGAAGACAUGUGAAGACCUGGAGACGCAGCAAGGAAUCUCAGCCCGCAAGAUGCAAGAUCUUGGGAGGUGGAUGCCGCGUUCCGCAGAGGCGACUACUCCAUGGAGAUCGACUUUGACAUGAAGCUUCAAAUGCUUCAAUUCCUGUUCCCAAAGAUUGGAGCAGGGAGAUCUGAGCGAUGAAAAGUGGUCCUGCGACAAG